CCCAGUUUUGGUUCACUGCCAGCUAGUUUAUUUUUUCUAUCUUCAGUUUAGUUUUUGUUGGUGUGGUUGUGUUAGUUAAAAUUCUUGGUUGUGGUCGGUUUUUAAUUUUUUUACUGCUUGGUUGCGGAUAUUAUUUUUAUAAUUUGAGCCUAUCUACUCAUUUGAAAUAUGGCUGACAAUUCUAGUGCAGAUAACGUACAGUCUCAAGAUGAAAUCAUCGAUGAUCCUUCUAUCGAUAAUGGGAGAAUUCUGGCAAGCCCUGCUCCAGGAGAAGAAGUUUGUAUAUCAGGAAUAUCCGGAGUUUUCCCAAAUUCCAAAGAUGUUCACGAAUUCAGGGACAAUUUGAUGAACAAAAUCGAUAUGGUGGAUGGCGAUUCCAGGAGAUGGGACCCUAUUCAUCCAGAAAUACCCCAGAGAACUGGAAAAAUCCGCAAUAUUGAAAAAUUUGACGCUGGAUUUUUCGGAAUUCACCAUAGACAAGCCAACUCUAUGGAUCCAAUGGUGAGAAUCUUCCUGGAGAAGUCUGUAGAGGCCAUUUUCGAUGCUGGAUUACAUCCUUCUGAACUGGAAGGCACCAACACUGGAGUUUUCGUUGGAUCUUGUUUCUCAGAGACCGAGAAGGAUUGGUUUUUCGAAAACUUGGAACCUGAGCAAUUUGGAAUCACAGGUUGCUUGAGGUCGAUGAUAGCAAACAGAGUCAGUUAUUUUCUGAAGCUGAAAGGAGUGUCUCACAUAACAGAUACAGCUUGCAGUAGUUCUUUGUAUGCCGUUGAAAAUGCCUACAGGGCCAUAAGAUCUGGAAAAUGUGACAAUGCUAUAGUCGGUGGAACCAAUUUAACCCUUCAUCCAUUUGUAUCUCUACAAUUCGCCAGAUUGGGUGUAUUGAGUAACGACGGUUGUUGCAAGUCCUUCGAUGCCACUGGAAACGGCUAUGCUAGAUCAGAAGCUGUGGCUUGCAUACUUUUGCAGAAGGCUAAAGAAUCUAGAAGAGUAUAUGCUACGAUUGUACAUGCUAAGACGAAUUGCGAUGGUUACAAGGAGCAAGGUAUCACUUAUCCUUCUGGGGAAACGCAGAAGAAACUUCUUCAGGAGUUUUAUAGGGAGUGCAACGUAGAUCCAAGAUCUCUCAGUUUUCUGGAGGCUCACGGCACAGGUACUAAAGUCGGAGAUCCUGAGGAAUGUUCAGCAAUAGAUGACGUCUUUUGUAAAGGUCGCGAAGAACCUCUUUUAAUCGGAUCUGUGAAGUCCAAUAUAGGACAUUCUGAACCAGCUUCUGGCCUCUGCUCGAUCACAAAAUGCAUAAUCGGUUUUGAAGAGGGAUACAUUCCACCAAAUAUCCACUAUUCCAAGGCAAGAGAGGGAGUACCUGCUUUGGAAGAAGGCCGUAUCAAGGUGGUUUCUGAGAAAACGCCAUUACAAGAUGAUAGAGGACUCAUGGGCAUAAAUAGUUUUGGCUUUGGUGGUGGAAACUGCCAUGUACUUCUUAGGUGGAACUCGAAAACCAAAAUUAAUGGGGGUCAGCCUACAGACAAUCUACCACGUCUGUUAUGUAUUAGUGGCAGAACACCAGAAGGUAUAACUUCACUCACUGAAGACGUGAAUUCAAGAAGUCUUGAUGCUGAACACAUACAACUUCUUCAAGAAGUUUUCAAGAAGGAUAUUGAAUCUCAUCGAUACCGUGGCUACACUAUUGCUUCCAAAGAUGGCGAAAUCAAAACUUCAGUGAGAGGUUUCGAAGGUAUAAGGCCACCUUUAGUACUGGCUUUUGGAAACUUUGAAGAUUCUUGGCAAUCUCUCGCUCAGUCCUUGUUUGCUAUACCUGUUUUCGCUGCUACGAUUCAAAGAAUUCAUGAUGUUUUGAGUACCAAAACAGGUGUUAAUAUCACUGAAAUAAUAGAAAACAAAGCAACUGAAAUAGAUCCUAUAGUGAAAAACGUUUUGGGAAAUAUUACGCUGCAUAUUGGAAUUGUAGAAAUUCUGAAAGAUUUAGAAGUGACUCCAGAUUUCAUCAUUGGAUAUGCUAUUGGGGAACUUGGAUGUGCCUACUAUGACGGAAGUCUGACUCUCGAACAGACUUUAUUGACAGCGUUUGAAAUUGCUAAUCAGAUCAAAACCAUAAAUGAACCGUCUACAACUUAUCUUGUUCACCUUGGAGAAGCACAGGUAAGAAAACUGUUACCUCCAAGUAUUGAAAUAAUAUGGAAAAAUACUGAAAGGAGUGUGACUGUAUCUGGAGCACAUAAAGUUACUCAAAACUUCGUUGAAUCACUCAAACAAAUCGGUGUCCAAGUGGAACAGAUCAGCAAUGUUGCAGUAACGUGGCAUACAAAAAAAGUCGCAAAAAUUGAAUCAAAUCUUCUACAAAGACUUAAGAAGAUCAUUUCGAAAACCAAACAGAGGAGUAGUAAAUGGUUGUCGGCGUCAACAGAGAAAGUAGCAUCUCCAGAAUACUUCAUAAAAGCUUUACUUUCCCAAAUAUGUUUCCAAGAUCUUUCUAGCCACUUUGAAGAGAACCAAGUUAUUUUGGAAUUGGGUCUUGGUGGAUUUUCUCAAUUACUAAAGAGCACAAUUGGAUCCCCUGUUGAAAUCGUUAAGUUUGAAGAUAAUUCUAAGGAAAAUGGAGUUAUUAGACUUCUGAAUGUGUUAGGAAGUCUGUACGAAUGUGGCUUCAAUCCUCAAGUACAAAACUUAUAUCCAAGAAUUCAAUAUCCAGUAAGCAGAGGUACACCGAUGAUUUCACCAAAAGUCAAAUGGGAUCACUCUAAAAACUGGUACGUUAUGUUCUACAGAGAAUCUGAUUCUUUGAAGAGUGGCGAAAGAGUACUUGGUGUUACAUUGAAGCAAGAAGAAUGGCAAUAUAUAUCAGGGCAUGUUAUUGAUGGACGUAACCUCUUCCCAGCAACUGGUUAUUUGCAGGCUGUUUGGGGAACUUUAUCUCUUACAACAAGUCUGUUAGAAAGUGAAAUGUUCUUGGUUUUCGAGAAUUGUCGUUUUAACAGGGCGACCACCGUCAGCAAAGAAGUGACGGAAUUUACUAUUAUGAUUCAAAGAAAUAGUGGUAAUUUUGAGGUGAUAGAGGGAGGCACAGAUGUUGUGAGUGGAAGGGUGUAUACUUUGUCUGAUAGUAAAGAGGAAUAUAUUGAUCUUCCUCAACCCACGGAAGGGAUAAGAGAUGAUUGUCUCUCUUUGAAAACGAAAGAUAUCUAUAAAGAAUUGCGUCUUCGAGGAUAUAACUACAGAGGUGCUUUUCGAGGUCUUCAAGAAUGCAACCAAGAUGCUACAGUUGCUUGGUUGAAGUGGGACGGCAAUUGGGUAUCUUUCAUGGACAGUAUGCUCCAAAUUAAAAUUCUUCAGCUUGAUACGAGGCUGUUGUAUGUUCCUACAAGUAUUAAAAAAUUGACGAUUGACGCCAAGAAGCAUCUACAGUAUGUGGAAUCUUUCGGUGAGAACCCAGUUCUUCCAGUGUAUGUCUACAAGGAUGCAGAUAUCAUAAGAUGUGGAGGUGUUGAAAUAAAAGGAGUUAUGGCUAGUUCCAUUCCUAGGAGGAAACAAUUGGGUCAACCCGUUUUAGAAAAAUACGAGUUUGUACCAAAUGAGAUAAAGCUUCCAAUUGAGCAAUCAUUACGUGUAAAUAUGCAGAUAGGCCUGGAAAAUUUGUAUGCCAUUAAGAUCAAAGUGGUUGAAGUGUUAGAUGAGGCAACAAAAGAAGGUAGCGAACCUUUAGGACCUUCUAUUCACCAAGUUUUCAAUGAUCAGCCACUUAUUCAAACCAAUAUUGUUAUACUAAGCAAAGAAAAGCUUGACCUGCAAAACGUCACAGUUGAAGACAAGAAAUUAGUUUCCGAAAAUGAUUGCAAUUUCAUCGUGGGAACUAAAAUUCUCCAGAGAGCAAUGAUUCUUCAACAAGCUUUCGGAGCCUUGAAAGAUAAAGGAUUCAUUUUAUCACGAGAAGAACCAGAUUUCGAUAUUUCUAAAUUGACAGAAGAAGAUCUUGCUGGUAUAGAUGUACUUAGCAUUCAUGAUGUUGGCACAGAGAAGCUUGUCUACUUCAGAAAAGCAAUACAACCAAAAGAAUAUAAAAUUAUCAAAGUUUCUCAAGAGGAUGAAGACUUCAGCUGGUUGCCUAAUCUGCAAACUUCUAUGAAGAGUGACAGCGAUGUUAUUAUAUAUGCGCAAAACGAGGAAUACAGUGGCAUUCUUGGUCUUUUCAAUUGCAUUCGAAGAGAACCUGGAGGAAUGAAUGUGAGGUGUUUCCUUAUAUUUGAUGCUGAUGCUCCACCAUUCGAUCCAAAACAUCCUUUCUAUUCUGUUCAGAUGAGGAGAAAUAUGUCUGUUAAUAUCUACAAGAAUGGACAAUGGGGAACUUAUAGACAUUUGCUAUUAGAUCAAAUCGAAGAAGUAGAAACUGAACAUUGCUUUGUGAAUCCUUUGAGAAGAGGGGAUUUGUCCAGUUUGAAAUGGAUUGAAGGAGAUCUGAACUCGAAAACUAUUUUACCUCCAGAGAAGAAGCUUGUACAGGUAUACUUCGCAUCAUUGAACUUCAGAGAUGUUAUGACCGCCUCAGGCCGUAUCAAUGCUGAUGUUAUCACCAUGGAUAGGAUAGAACAGGAAUGUGUUCAAGGUUUUGAGUUUUCAGGAAGGACUCCUAGUGGUCGAAGAGUUAUGGGAAUGGUAACUUAUGGAGCAAUGUCAACACUCAUUGCAGCUGAUAGUUAUCUACUCUGGGAUAUCCCAGAUUGUUGGACUAUGGAACAAGCUGCUACGAUUCCAGUAGUUUAUGGAACAGUAAUUUAUGCCCUUAUUCUGCGAGGUAAAAUCAAGAGAGGGAACUCCGUUCUUAUCCAUUCAGGUACUGGAGGAGUUGGACAGGCUGCCAUCAGCAUAGCUUUAGCCCACGGUUGUACAGUGUACACUACAGUUGGUACACAGGAAAAACGAGAUUUCAUAAAAAAAUUAUUCCCUCAACUAACAGAUCGCCACAUCGGUAGCUCUAGGGAUUUGGCUUUCGAGAAACUGAUUAAACAGGAGACGAAAGGUCGUGGUGUUGAUUUGAUUUUGAACUCCUUGGCCGAAGAGAAGCUCCAGGCCUCAGUUAGAUGUUUGGCAAAAGGUGGAAAAUUCUUGGAAAUCGGUAAAUUCGAUCUGGCAAACAACAACAGUUUGUCUAUGAAACUACUAUCCAAAGGCUGCUCUUUCCAUGGAAUCAUGUUGGAUCAGCUCUUCGUUGCACAUCCGUCAGUCAAGACACGAGUUGGUCGUAUGAUGGAAGACGGAAUCAAGAAUGGAGCUGUAAAACCAUUGACAACGAACGUUUUCAAAAUGGACGAGGUGGAGAAAGCCUUCCGUUUUAUGGCUACUGGUAAACAUAUGGGAAAAGUAAUGAUACAAAUUCGAAAAGAAGAACCUGUGAAGCACGCAAUUCCACCUGUAGUUCUCAGUAAGGCCUAUCCAAGAUUUUCAUGUUGUGACGGAAAAUCAUACAUUGUAACUGGGGGCCUAGGAGGAUUUGGUUUGGAGUUGGCUGAUUGGUUGAUCAUACGUGGUGCUAGAAAACUAGUUUUGACUUCCAGAAGUGGAAUCCAAACAGGAUACCAGUCCUCCAGAGUUAGAACUUGGAAUUCCUAUGGUGUUGUGGUCAAAAUAUCAACUGCUGAUAUCACUACCAAAGAGGGAUGCGAACAACUGAUCUCAGAAGCCGAAGAAUUGGGACCCAUAGAGAGUAUUUUCAAUUUGGCUGUUGUGCUUAAAGAUUCGCUGUUAGAAAACCAGAGUCCUGAAAGUUUCAGAAUAUCUUUGGGACCGAAAGCAGUAGCCACUAAAUAUCUCGAUGAAAUUACCAGAUACCGGUGUCCAGAUUUAAGAGAUUUUGUCAUCUUCUCAUCGGUAUCUUGUGGAAGAGGAAACACAGGACAAACCAAUUAUGGAAUGGCCAACUCCAUCAUGGAAAGGAUUUGUGAAAGAAGAAAACUGGAUGGUUAUCCAGCCUUAGCUAUUGAAUGGGGCGCAAUUGGAGAUGUUGGUUUAGUAGCUGAGAUGAUGGAAGAUCAUACUGAAAUGGAGAUUGGUGGUACUCUACAACAAAGAAUAUCUAGCUGUCUUCAAGUGAUGGAUACCUUUUUGAGGCAGAAAGAAGCUCCAAUUGUUUCUAGUAUGGUAGUAGCUGAGAAGAGAAGUGGUAGUGGAGGAGCAGACAAUAUUGUAGAUGCUGUUGCAAAUAUUUUAGGAAUCAAGAAACAGAGUGUAUCGCCACAUGCUACUUUAGCAGAGCUUGGUAUGGAUUCUAUGACUGCUGUUGAGAUAAAACAAACUCUAGAAAGAGAGUUUGAGGUAUUUUUGACCGCUCAAGAUAUCAGAAGUAUGACCUUUGCUAGGUUACAAGAGAUCCAACAGUCCAAAGAAUCAGAUCGCGAAGCUGGUAUCGUCCAUCAAAGACUUCCAACAGGAAUUGAACUAAUUUUACGCUAUCUAGGUGAUGAAGCAACCUCUACUGUUCCCGUGAUAAAACUACCGAGUUUGGUAGAAGAAAAAUCAGACGCACCUUAUAUCUUCUGCUUCCCCGGUAUAGAAGGUUUUGCAACAACUUUGAAGCCUCUUGCUGCUAAUCUGAGGGCUAAAAUAAUCGGUAUCCAGUUUUGUUACAAAAAUCCAACCAAUACUUACGCUGAUUUGGCAAAGGAAGCUGUUAUGCAAAUCGAGAACUUACUUGGACCAAAUGAACCACUCAAUUUGAUUGCCUACUCUUGGGGUUCAAUCAUAGCUUUAGAGACAUUGGCUAUGAUGGAGACCAAGGGACGUAAGGGAACAUUGAUAUGCUUAGAUGGUGCACCUGGUAUGCUCCAGGAAAUGUGCAAACAGGAGAUGAAGACAGGUUCAGAUGCAGAAUUCGAAACUGUUAUCCUUUGUCAUUUGAUGGCGUUAUAUCUUCCAUAUGAAAUCAUUUUGAAGAACAGGGAGAAACUCUACAAAUGUAAUACAUUCGAAGAACGUCUUGAUGUUGCUCAACAAAUUGCUUCGAAAGACUCAACACAUUCCCCACAGUACCAGAGGAAGGUUGCAAUAGCUUUCCAUACCCGUAUUAAGGAGUUGAAGACGUAUGCCCCAGACUAUCCAAAGAUACAAUCUACUGUAAGACUUUUCAAACCUUCAACCCUGAGUGUCCAGAACUUCGCCGAGGACUACAAACUUUCAGACCUUUGUGCUAACCUCUCUGAAGUCAAAGUAUUCGAAGGAAACCAUAUAACUAUAGUGGAAAACGCAGAAGUGGCUGAAACUAUCAAUGGACUUUUCGGCAUGAGAGCCCCUAUUGUACCUGCCAAGAUCGAAUCUAACGAAACGUACGCUAAGGAAGGUUUUACCGAAGGUUUAAUAUCGAAAGAAGUAACGGAAGUGAAACAAAUUUGAAAGAGAAAUGAAUGAAAAAAUGAACAUUGUAGUGAUAUAUUAGUUGAAUUUUUUUCAAAUAGACAUUAAUUUUGUUGUGUUUCUUCAAUGAAAAUUCGUUCAUUCCAUUUGAAAGACUUAGCGUUAAAUUAAGAAUUUGAAUGUUUCAAAUUUUAUGGAUUUUUUAUCAAAUUGAUAUGGAUAAUUAAAAUUUUCCUAUAAA